AGCAGGCCAGGUAUCAUGGCGCAUAAGAAAAAAAUGGCGACUGUUUGCGAGUCUUUAUAAAACCGUCUGACAAACCCUUACUUAUGCAGAAAUACGCCCCUUUUUGGGCCUGCAGAGCCACAUGGGCAUUACGCAACAGCUAGGACAAGACUUAGUUUCUAAAAAUGGCUAAUCGUAGAAAACGACCGCGCCACAGUUUUGACUGCUAUCUUGGCUCUCCUGAAGAGAAACAAGCUCUACAGGCAAGGAUAGAGAGAGUGAGGAAGAAGCUAUCGCCUGCUGGACGUACCAUUGACAACCUUUCUCUCAUAAACGCCAUGCUAGACGCUGUAGAAGAGAAACUAGCUAGUGCUGAUGAAGGUACGCCCACAAGUGAUCAAGGGUCUGUUAGGCCCUUCUUGAGAGACAAUGGGAUGUACACUGGUGAUAACAGUCCUGAUGAUCAGACCUUGUUCAUCACUGAGAAGCGCUGCUUUGAUGAUUUGAUGACAGGGCUGGCGUCAUCGUGCUCGGAGUGUUUGGUUCGAAGUUGUUGGCGACUGGACUCUGUGAUUCAGAAAGGGCACGUCAUCAGAGUUUUGUACUCUUGUCGUCACUGCCGGCACCAGAAGAGAUCAUGGUCUAGCUCUCGCGUGUUUGGAGGACACUUCCUCGUCAAUCAGAAGAUGGUACACUCUUUCACUUGUGCUGGGAUCAUUCCAUCCCAGUACAUACAUCUCUCUAUGUUCGCUGGACUGGGCACAGUUGGUCAUGCUUACAUCCGGAGAGUAUACAAUAACAACAGCUACCUAGAGAUUGUGGCCGCGGCAGCUGAACACUCCAUGCAGUCGGCUGUAGAGGAAGUCAAGGCUCUGCCACACUACAGCACUAAGGGAGAAUGGGUGAUAACUGACGCUAGGCAUGAUUCCACGGCCAAUGCGUAUCAUACGACUGUGCCUUGCCUUUCAGGAAGCACUCAUAAGAUCCUUGGCAUCUCCACCAUCUCUCGGACAGAGCACUCGGUAGCUCAGACCAGAGAAUUGCAGUGUACCAAGGUUGUUCUUCCCCAAGUCAUUGCUAGAGGUCUGAAUGUUACUGAGGUUGGGCAUGACAUGCAAGCUCAGGUUGCUAAGUACGUGACACACACCCUCAAUCUCAUCAACUCCUAUGACACAUGGCACGGUACUAAGAACGUAGCCCGGGAGCUCAAGAAGAUCACAGAGGGUCGGGUCAGAGAUCGGAACAUAACGUGGUUCCCUGAACUCUCUGAUAAACGGCGCAGUAUCAAGAUACACUUGUACUGGGCCAUGAAGAACUGUGGUGAGGACCCUAACAUUCUACAGCAGAUGGCUCUCAACAUCCCCAACCACUACAAGGGUGAUCAUUCUAACUGCCAUGCCUCGUCUCCCUGUCGUAUGGCUCCCUAUAUACCCAGUCGUGCUCAGAUUACCAACAAGAAGGCAGAAGAGGAGCUCCUUAGGUGCAUCAAGGCUACCUACGUCUUCAAGAAUGCGGAUGCUUUCUGUCGGUGUCGGGACACGUUCUGGGUAGAGUCAUUCAACCACCAGCUGCUGAUCUACUUGUCCAAACGUAUCCACUAUUCUGACGAGACUUUUCUCAUGAGAAUGAACCUGGCCGUACUUGACUGGAACGAGAAUGUGAAUCGUGCCCACACCAGUAAGAGAAAGGUUAAAGACCUUCGCCGUCCUGACAGGCGUACUGACAUGAAAGCUCUCGUGAGUAAGUCUUAUCAUUUUGCGGGUAUGCUUUGGACAGAGUAUGUCGCAAGGAACGGCGUCGAUUUGAGCUCAGCAACGGUGGAAUUUUUAGUAGUGAGCAUCUUUUUCAACUUACGUUAUUACAGUGAGUUUGAGGAUAUUGAGCCAGAUGGUGACAACGAUGAAGACUGGCUCACUGAUGGCAUGUUACCCCCCCUUCUGCCUAGUGAUGAUAUGGAGUCAGAUUCAGAUAGCGACGACAGAGAAUAGUCCCUGUAGGUCCCAUCGACACUAGGACCCACGUCCUGGAGCAACCUCCAAAACUUCCGAUACAACCGGUGCCUCUUUUCAUCAUUUGCUGGAUGAGGUCCACAGGCACCGGUUAGGAAGUCUGGAGGAAGAGCAAUCACACACGGCCCACAGAGGCAGUGUGGACAGCAGUCCUGCAGUCCCUGUAAGACAGGGACGAGGGCAGAGUCUCUGUAACCCCGUGGAUGACUUGGAGAGAGAGCUGCGGACAAAUAAGUUUUAAUAAAAUAUCAUUGAUUAUCAUGUUUAUUUUCUUACUAAUAGGUGGCAUUGGCUGAUCUGGGACGGCGUCUGGGACAGCCUCCCACCUAAGCUUCACCGUCUGCCUGAGUCCUGCCUCCCGGAGCUCUUUAACUACUUUAUUUAUUUUACUAACGACCACUUGUGGUGGAGUGUCUUUAUAUUUAACUGUUACCUGUACAUGGUAUAAUUAUGAUUGAAAUGAUGACAUUUUAUUCUUACCUCGA